AUGGCGACGCCAUAUCAUUCGCUUUCCACCAUCACAACUUCCAUUGUCAUACUGUCCCUCUUAGUUCUCUCUGACGCACGAGAUAAUGUCCCUCGCCAUGGCGGUGUAAUUGGCCUCAACAUGAUCCAUCGUGACGCUCCAUCUUCUCCCUUCUACAAUGCUUCGUUAACUAAGUGGCAACGAGUAAGCAAUGCCUUGCGACGUUCGCACGAUCACAUCAACCAUCUCUUCCCAUCAGAAGCCGAAUCAUCUGAUCAUCUAAUCUACAGACCAGGACCAGGAUCAGGAUAUGGAGAGUACCUGCUGAACAUAUCCAUCGGUACACCACCAAGACCUUUUAUUGGCAUUGUUGACACUGGAAGCGAUAUCACAUGGACACAAUGCAUGCCUUGCAUAGAAUGUUUUAAACAAUACCUUCCUAUCUUUGAUCCAGCUGCUUCAUCAACUUAUAGAGUUCUCUCGUGUAUGUCCGACGAAUGUAAGUUGGUAAACGAAGCCGCGCCUUGUUCCAGUAAUUCAAGCUUUUGUGUCUAUGAAGCUUCAUACGGCGACGGGUCUUAUUCCACAGGAAACUUGUCCCUUGACACCGUUACAGUGGAUUCCACUUCCAUUCCCAACACUAUAUUUAGUUGCGGACAUCAUAAUGGAGGACAGUUCACUGGGAUUGAGUCGGGAAUUGUUGGACUAGGACGUGGCAAUGCGUCGUUCAUCUCCCAGAUAGGGGAGUUUGUUGGCGGGAAAUAUUUCUCUUAUUGCUUGGAUCCUAGUCCAAUCUCAUCAAGCAAGAUAUAUUUUGGUCGACUCAAUACCUCAUCAGGUGCUGAAGUGCUCACCACCCCUUUGCUUACGUAUGGCUAUAUCGCCUCGAGAUAUUACCUUGAGCUUCAAGGCAUUAGUGUUGGAGCCACCCGUUACAAUGCCACACAUGAUGAUGAAGAUGAUCCAGAUGGCAGCAGGGCCUUCAAGGGUAACAUCAUCAUUGACUCAGGGACUACCUUAACAUACUUGCCGGAGACUUUGUACGACGAUUUCGAAUCAGCAAUCAGAGAGGAACUUAAAGAUCGAGAUCUGAAGGUGAUGCAAAAUCCGACUAUUUCGUCACUUUGUUACUUGACCAGAUAUGAUAUUCUUCCCGGCCCCAAUGUCACUUUCCAUUUUAACGGAGCAGAUGUGAAGCUAAAAUAUGGCAACAUUUUUGUAAGGGUGGAUGAUGAGACUGUUUGCUUAGCAUUCUCCAGUGGGAGCUACACGGGUAUCUAUGGGAAUUUUGCACAGGCAAAUUUCCUGGAGCCACAAAAGUCUCUCUUUGAAAUCCGUCCAUGGCUACCUACUUCAUCACUCUUUCGCCAAACCCUUGCCGUCGUCUCCAUUUCAAACCUUAACUCUUACCUGAUCGUUUCCAAACCCCACCUUUCCCGUCCCUUGCUUGCCUCUAAAUCUAGGGUUUCUGCACCGGUUGUCAGAGCUGGCAUUGCCGCGAUCAGGCCCGGCGGCGCCGUCGAGAGUGAUAGGCUGUCUUCCGAUGUGAGAAAGCGACCAAUGGAAGCUGUGGACGCUUGUGGAAGAAGAGUCACUGUUGGUGACGUGGCGGGUAGAGCUGGGCUUAAGCUCAAUGAGGCUGAGAAAGCUUUGCAAGCUCUCGCUUCUGACGCUCAUGGCUUCUUGGAGGCCUCCGACGAAGGCAAUGUGCUCUAUGUUUUCCCUGAAGAUUAUAGAGCAAGACUUGUAGCCAACUCGUUUAUACUGAGAGUUGAGCCGCUGCUUCAGAUGGCAAAGGACGUGGGCGAGGAUUUAGCCAGGGUUGCAUUUGGUACUGCUCUGAUUUCUUCCAUUAUUCUUGUUUGGACUGCAAUUAUUGUUGCCCUUCUUGCCUUAGCUUCCUCUGGUGAAGGAAGUAAAAGUAACAGUAGUGAUGUAGAUGGGAAUUCUGGUGGUGGUGGAGAUUUUGAUUUCAGUGUCAAUUCUUCCUCGCAAGGUUCAGGAUCAUGUGUGAAUGACGUGUUUUGGUACUGGGAUCCCAGUUACUAUAGGAAGAGACAAGGACAACGAAAAACAGAUGCUGGCGAGUUGAAAUUUGAUGAAUCCGUUUUCUCAUUUGUGUUUGGCGAUAGUGAUCCAAAUACAGGAGUAGAAGAAAGGAGAUGGAAGACGAUUGGGCACUACAUAUCCUCUAAUGGUGGUGGUGUUGCAGCUGAAGAGCUUGCUUCCUAUCUUGAUAUAGAAACUUCAGGGGAAACACCGGCUCAUGACGCUUACAUCUUACCUGUCCUUUCACGGUUUGAGGGUCAGCCUUUAAUAGAUGAAGAGGGAAACAUUCUGUACCAAUUUCCAUCUCUACAACACACAGCUAAAACAAGAACAGUGACACCGUCUGUCAGAAAAUCUGGGAAAUUUUUGAGGGAGAAAUGGAAAUUCAGUAAAACUAGCAUUUCUAAGAGAGCAAUGGUCGUGGGAGUCGGUGCACUCAAUUUAUGUGGGGUUAUCAUUCUUCGAGACCUGUUAAAGGAUCCUGUAGUUGCACAAGAUGCUUUUAUCAAGUUUAUUACAAGCAUAUUUCCUGUACUUCAGAUUUAUGCUGGUUUCUUCUUUCUGAUUCCUCUGUUGCAUUGGUUUGUCUUGCUUAAGACAAACGCUGGCCUAAAAAAAAAAAAUCAAGCCAGGCUGCAGUUUGCCCGAGACAUUGAAUCGCUUAAUCCCUCAGUAAGACAAAAGCUCCGCAGUGCUCGGGAAAUGACUCAAAGAACUGUCAUAGGGCAGGACAAAAUUGUUUAUACCUCUAGCAAGGAUUUGGUUGAGCAAGAGUUGGAUUGGAGGUCUCGAAAAAUAGACAAGUGA